AUGUAUAGAAGUUAGAGAUUGAGAAUGAAAUCAUAAAAUCAUUCGUCGAUUUCACCUCCAAUAAUAAAGAGGAGAUUAAGAAACAAGAAUGAAUACAUUGAGAUGAAUGAAAUCGAACCAACUGAUAAAAAAAAAUAGAACAUUUUAUAGGACAUAGCAGCAACUAAAUAAAAAAGCUUAACCAAUUUUGCAUUGACAGUUACACCUAAAUAUGGAUAGGAAAGAGAUUAUGAUGAUGAUGAGGAUAUUCUAUUUCAAUCUAAAGGGAAAAAGAGACCAUGGUCAGAACAGGAAGACAAUUUGUUAAUUAAAUUGGUUUAAAUGCAUGGUCCUUAGAAAUGGACAUUCAUAGCAGAACAUCUGCCUGGGAGAAUAGGCAAAUAAUGCAGAGAGAGAUGGCAUAAUCAUUUGAAUCCUCAGAUUAAGAAAUCACAUUGGGGAGAUUACGAAGAAUGGAUUCUAUUCCUAUCACAUAGAGUUAUGGGAAAUAGAUGGGCUGAAAUGGCUAAAUAAUUAAUAGGGAGGACAGACAAUUCAAUUAAGAAUCAUUGGAAUUCAGCAAUGAAAAAAAGAAUUCCUGAAAUGGAAGAAAGAUUGAAAGAUAUUCGCAAAAGAGGAGGUACAAUUUAAGUUAACAAUCCUAUAGGAAUGUAGAAUUCUGAAUUGAUGAAUUCAUUUACUUCCUUAGAAAGAUAAUUAUUAUAAAAAUUGCUAUCCUCCCAAUAAAAUGGAUAGAUGUCUCCCAGAUCCUAUUCUCCUAAUAAUAUGCCCAGAAGAAGGACAAAUAAACAACAGAAUUAUUUGAAUCCCAAUUCAGUGAAUUCUUAUAUUUAGAAAAUGAUGAAUGAAAUUAAAAUCGAUGGUAUUGAGAGUUACUCAAUGGAAACAAAAAUGCUAAAGAAAACUGCUAAAAUAGCUGAUUCCAUAUUUUGGAAUGAAGACAAAGUGGAUGACUUAUAAAACAAUCUCUAUGAAUAUAUAUAAGAAAAGGUUGGAGCUCAUGGUUAUGAUCAAGAUGAGAAGGUUGAUAGAUGGAUAAAAGACUUUUGGAUUAUGUGCUAAGAUGUUUUUACUGUCUCUGUAAUCAAAGACUUUUUAUCUUAAAGACCUUCCUUCUAUUAUAAUUAUUUGCAUAAAUACAAACAAGAUAGUGCUAAUUAAGUAUCCAAGAACUUAAGCAGAAUCUACGAAUAAACCAAUAAUAGUGAUGAAUAUCAAUUGCCUUCUCUCAAUUAAUUUAAAACUCCUCUAAAAGAAAAACCUGAUCCUAAUCAAAAUAACACACAUAAUUCUAAUAACAAUAAUAAUAAUAACCAUAACAAUGAUACUCAUAGUCCUAGUAACAUCUGUUUGGAAGUUAAAUAUGAUGAUCAAUUUUAACAUUAAAUUGAGUCACCUUCAAAAUUAUUGAAUUUAUUAACUCCAAAACAUUAAAAUAUUCAAUAAUCUAAUAAAAAGACUCCAAAUUUGAAAUCAGAAAAUAAGAGUGUUAUGCAACAUUCUUAGUUAAAAGAUAAUUUGAGCUUGAGUAAAUUAAGAUUUGAUACUACUCCUCUUAAAAAGAACUCAGCCUUCAAAUUUUAUAAUAAAUAUAAUUAGUAAUAGUAGCUAUGA